UUCAAAGCUUUUCAUAUUUCCCACAACAAAUCCAAAUCAGAAACCGAAGUUUCCCCCACGAAAUCUCUACUUCAAUUCAAUGGACUCACUCCAACCCACUUAUAAACACGAAUGCCACGACCAACCACCGCCUUCCACCAUCGCCGCCGCACCACCUCCAAAUGAUACUCUGCUCCACGACGACGCCGUACCCAUUAAGGACAUCGAAACCCCAAACGGCAUUAGCACUGGCAAACCCCAAACCACCCAGCUUCCCGCGGCUUCCUCGGAUUCUCUCUCUGAAGAAGAUCCCACGACCACCACCACGACGGCUUCCGAUGACACCCAAAACCCACUUAAAGCUCCCCGAAACUACGACGAAUUCGAGGAGGACGACGAAGAACCUCUACCCAAAAAGCAAAAACAGCUCUCCUCCUUAACUACUCCUCCCCAGUGCCCUAAUUCAGUCUCCACAAUCAACGAUGAUAACCCCUCCGCCGCUGCCGUCGAAAACAACAACAAUAACGGCGAUGUCCCAUCAAAUCCUUCCCCUGCAACCAAAGCGAAGACAACAAAGAAGUCUAAGAAGAAGAACAAUAAUGUUUGGGUGUCGAAAACGUCAAGGAAAGGGAAAAAGAAGAGCAAAGUGAAUAAUCAGAAUGGUGGGAAUGGGGAAGACACAGUUUUGAUCACCCCUGUUCCGAGGUUCCCAGACAAAGGGGACGAUACUCCUGAUAUGAAAAUAUGUCUUUCCAAAGUUUAUAAAGCUGAAAAGGUGGAAUUAACUGAGGAUAGGAUGAGUGCAGGGAGCACAAAGGGGUAUAGAAUGGUUAGAGCCACAAGAGGGGUGGUGGAGGGAGCUUGGUACUUUGAAAUCAAGGUGGUGAAGUUGGGGGAGACGGGGCAUACACGGCUCGGGUGGUCUACUGAUAAAGGUGACUUGCAAGCGCCUGUAGGGUAUGAUGGUAAUAGCUUUGGAUAUAGAGAUAUUGAUGGGAGUAAGGUGCACAAAGCUUUGAGAGAGAAGUAUGGGGAAGAAGGGUAUAAAGAAGGAGAUGUUAUUGGGUUUUAUAUAAAUUUACCAGAAGGUGGAUCAUAUGCUCCCAAGCCUCCUCAUCUUGUCUGGUAUAAAGGCCAGAGAUACGUGCGUGCCCCUGAUGCAAAAGAGGAGCCACCUAAAGUGGUGCCUGGAAGUGAAAUUUCAUUUUUCAAAAAUGGGGUAUGCCAAGGAGUUGCUUUCAAGGAUUUGUUUGGUGGUCGUUACUAUCCUGCUGCUUCAAUGUAUACCCUUCCAAAUCAACCAAACUGUGUCGUGAAGUUCAAUUUCGGCCCUGACUUUGAAUGCUUCCCGGAGGAAUUAGGAGGACGUUCGCUUCCCAGGCCCAUGGUUGAAGUUCCUUAUCAUGGGUUUGACAACCAAGUGGAAAAUGGUGUAGCCAGUGAGAAGAAACAAUAGCGAGCUUGAAGCAGAGACUAACAUCAUUAUAAAACCCCUGCUAAUUUGAGGGACUGUUUUAUAUUGUAAUUUUAAUUAUUUACUCUUGAAAAUUAGGUCUGCUAAGUUGAUUGACUACUUCUGUAAACUUUGACAUUUCUUUAAAGAUGAGAGAAAGAUUGAUUUCCUGCUAA